AUGGACAGCCGCCGAAUGGGGAGGACUCAGUGGUAUGAGAUAUACCCGCUUGAGGACUUCAAGGUGGCCGUCAAUGAGGACAUUCUCUUAGUCGACGUCGGUGGUGGCAUAGGGCACGAUCUCGUCAACUUCAACGAACGCCGCAAAUCUUUGGACAUACCCGGGCAUUUGGUUCUACAAGAUCUGCCAAAUGUCAUCGCCCAAGUACCCAAGGACUGGGCCCUCCAAAUGACCAAGGGAGCCCACAGCUUCUUCGAUCCUCAGCCAGACCAAUACCGACACGCCAGAGCCUACUACAUGAGAAUGAUCCUGCACGACUGGGCUAACGCUGCAUGUCUGACCAUCUUGGGCCGCCUUCGCGACGCAGUGAAGCCUGGAUACUCAACGCUUCUCCUCAACGGGAUCAUACUUCCCAGUGUCGAGUGUCCGUACUGGGCAGCUGCCACCGACCCGACUCCGAUGUCGUCUUUUGGCGGGAAGGAGCGGACCUUGCAAGAAUGGCACGAAUUGAUCGAUCAAGUGCCGGAGUUGAAGAUUGAAAAGAUUCUACCGAUCGAUGAGGAGCGAGACUUGAGCACAUAA